AGCCGGCGGCGGAGGCUCAAGAACUAGGAGUUAGGAACGCGCGCGCCGGACCUUCCGCCGCCGCCGUGCCGCAGACGCUGCCGCCGCCGCCCAGAGCCAGAGGCGCCGGGUCCGGGGGAGCCGGUGGGGGCGGGCGAGCGAGCCAGCGGGCCGGGGGGAGGGUGGGGAAUGGCGCGGACCCCUGGGCCGGCUCCGCUGUGUCCCGGAGGCGGCAAAGCACAACUUUCCUCCGCUUCUCCCCCCGGGGCCGGGCUCCUGCUGCCGCCCCCGACGCCACCGCCGCUGCUGCUGCUGCUCUUCCCGCUGCUGCUCUUCUCCCGGCUCUGUGGUGCCUUAGCUGGACCAAUUAUUGUGGAGCCACAUGUCACAGCAGUAUGGGGAAAGAAUGUUUCAUUGAAGUGUUUAAUUGAAGUAAAUGAAACUAUAACCCAAAUUUCUUGGGAAAAGGUACAUGGCAAAAGUUCACAGACUGUUGCAGUUCAUCAUCCUCAAUAUGGAUUCUCUGUUCAAGGAGAAUAUCAGGGAAGAGUCUUGUUUAAAAACUAUUCACUUAAUGAUGCAACAAUUACUCUACAUAACAUAGGAUUUUCUGAUUCUGGAAAAUACAUAUGCAAAGCUGUUACAUUCCCACUUGGAAAUGCUCAGUCCUCUACAACCGUAACUGUAUUAGUUGAACCCACUGUGAGCCUGAUAAAAGGGCCAGAUUCUUUAAUUGAUGGAGGAAAUGAAACAGUAGCAGCCAUUUGUAUCGCAGCCACUGGGAAACCAGUUGCACAUAUUAACUGGGAAGGUGAUCUUGGUGAGAUGGAAUCCACUACAACUUCCUUUCCAAAUGAAACAGCUACAAUUGUCAGCCAGUAUAAGCUGUUUCCAACCAGAUUUGCUAGAGGAAGGCGAAUUACUUGUGUUGUAAAACAUCCAGCCUUGGAAAAGGACAUCCGAUAUUCUUUCAUAUUAGAUAUACAAUAUGCUCCUGAGGUUUCAGUAACAGGCUAUGAUGGAAAUUGGUUUGUAGGAAGAAGAGGUGUUAAUCUCAAGUGUAAUGCUGAUGCAAAUCCACCACCCUUCAAAUCUGUGUGGAGCAGGUUGGAUGGACACUGGCCUGAUGGCUUAUUGGCUUCAGACACUACUCUUCAUUUUGUCCAUCCACUGACUUUCAAUUAUUCUGGUGUUUAUGUCUGUAAAGUGACCAAUUCCCUUGGUCAAAGAAGUGAUCAAAAGGUCAUCUACAUUUCAGAUCCUCCUACUACUACCACCCUUCAGCCUACAGUUCAGUGGCAUCCCUCAACUGCUGACAUCGAAGAUUUAACAAAAGAAGUUAAAAAAUUGCCCUUUCCAUUGUCAACUUUGGCAACAAUUAAGGAUGACACAAUUGGCACAAUCAUUGCUAGUGUAGUGGGUGGGGCUCUCUUCGUAAUACUUGUAAGUGUUUUGGCUGGAAUAUUCUGCUAUAGGAGAAGACGGACGUUUCGUGGAGAUUAUUUUGCCAAGAACUACAUUCCACCAUCAGAUAUGCAAAAAGAAUCUCAAAUAGAUGUCCUUCAACAAGAUGAGCUUGAUUCUUACCCAGACAGUGUAAAAAAAGAAAACAAAAAUCCAGUGAACAACCUAAUACGGAAAGACUAUUUAGAAGAGCCUGAAAAAACCCAGUGGAACAAUGUAGAAAAUCUCAGUAGAUUUGAAAGACCAAUGGAUUAUUAUGAAGAUCUAAAAAUGGGAAUGAAGUUCGUCAAUGAUGAACAUUAUGACGAAAAUGAAGAUGACUUAGUUUCACAUGUAGAUGGUUCCGUAAUUUCCAGGAGGGAGUGGUAUGUUUAGCAACCACUAAAUGUGACUUAACUAUGUACAAUGUUUCAUUCAUACUAGUUGAUCAUUUUCAAAUUGUUCAUACUUUUUCUUGAGGAAGAAUAAGCUUUUACACCUUGAUUUUCAAGCUUACUUUUUAUAUUCUAAUUUGACAGAUGAAAAUGUAAAAUCUGGGUUCAAUGUAUCUGAGCUGCUUUACAAUUUUUUUCAAUGCUGUACUACUGUCUCAAGAUUUAAAUUUUAAUGCAGAGUACUUUAUUGAUCUGAGGCAUACAGGUAAGAAGAAAUGUCAACAUUAAAUGUAUGACUUUUUUGGUACAAAUAUUAAAAAAAAAAAAAAGGAAACUAUCUUGGCAUUGUGUAUUAAAUGUUUACCUAAGACUAUAAUCUCAAUUACAAUGUUUGUUAAACAUACCUCUCAAACUUUAUCACCACUAAAUGAUACUACAUCAAAAUUGACUAACUCAAGAAAUGUUUAUAUAUAUUUUUUAGUAUACAAAAAGUAUUCAGUCUAAUGAAACACCUUUCCUUUUCAAACAUUAUUUUCUAAGUUUCUCUACAAAUGGAAUCUUUACCUCUGCAUUUUAAUGAGCCUUGCCAUAAUUACUGUAGAGUGGCUUUUCAAAUAUAUUUCUUUGCACUAAAACUGUGGUAGUAAACUCAGUGACCAUGUGUGGAAGAGCAUAAUUAGCUGCUCAAUAUUUUUGGCCAGAAUACAUGCAAGAGUAAUAAAAACAUGCCUUUUAAACAUCA